AUGGGCCUCAUCGGCCGGACUCUGGACGCCCUUGAGGCGGAGGUCGUACUCAGCAUUGGCAGUGGCUCCGGGCUUAUUGAAUGGCUUCUCUCGCCGCGAUUUCCGGUAGUCUCGGUGGACUUCUAUUACCAGCCAAGCCCUGCCGGCAGCGUGGAUCCAUGGGUCUUGCCACCUCUUCAUGACGAGGUCAAGCGUUCGUGGCAAGCGGACGGAUCCGGCAGCAUCGCCUUUGUGAGCCCCGGCGACGACCCCGCUCUCGUGGCUGCCCUUGGCAGCCGUCGCGCCGUAGCUUUGUUCGUUUGGCCUCAGCUGGACCUUGCAGCUGUCAGCCACUAUGCCAGCGUAGCUGGGAGCCAGCUCGGCGGAAUGGUCUUCGUGGUGGGCGAUAAUUGUGCCCCGGUGCCGACGGCCGCUGCCGCCGCCUUUGGGUGCAAACUCCUAGGGCCAGAGGAGGGCGAGGAGACCCGAGAUCCGCUGGAGAAAGCGGACAGCGACGACGUCGAUGUUCGCCCGAGGCACCCGAGAGCCCACUUCUCUGGCGGCGUGAAGAAUGCCGGCUUGGAGACGCUUCCAGAGGAGCCGAACAAUCGGUAUCAGGCAUUUGAUACUCCUGGCAUUCAGAAGCCGCAGAUAUGCGCUGCUUGA